ACAGAUCAGUCGCACUUAUCUCGAGAGCACGCAAAGUCGAUGCGUGCUCUCGAGGCACGUCAGCCGUGGGCUGCAGGGUUAGGAUAAGUUAUAUAAGGCACGGAGGCUGCCUUAGCGGCCAGUACAAACAACCUUCGGUGGGCACAUAACGUACCAAGUGCGCGAGAGUUUAUAUUUGGAUACAAGUGUUCGCACCACACGACAAAAUGGCGCCCUCCGCAACAGAAACGACCACCAUAACGGAGACCGAAGAAACACUUCCCAAGCUCGUCGCCCCCCAAGCCGCGCCCAGGAAAUAUGACAUAGUCUACGUCAAUCUGCUUACAUUCGGCUACGCGCAUCUCGCUACACUGUAUGGAGUGUAUCUAGCCUGUACCACCGCCACGUGGAAGACUUUGAUGUUUCAUCACACAUUAUUCAUAUUGGCGGCGGUGGGAGUGACAGCGGGCGCGCACCGCCUGUGGACGCACCGCGCGUACAAGGCCAAGAUGCCGCUUCAGAUCAUACUGAUGUUGAUGAACUCGCUCGCCUUCCAGAACUCCGCCAUACACUGGAUACGCGAGCACCGCAUGCACCACAGGUACAGCGAUACAGACGCCGAUCCACACAACGCGACGCGCGGCUUCUUCUACUCGCACAUGGGCUGGCUGCUGGUGCGGAAACACCCCGAGGUGAUGCGUCGGGGCAAGUUCAUCGACAUGUCCGACAUCUACGCCAACCCGGUGCUUACGUUCCAGAAGAAAUACGCGAUCCCGGUAUUUGGCACCAUCUGCUUCGCGCUCCCCACUCUAAUCCCCAUGUACUUCUUCGGUGAGACCCUCAACACUGCGUGGAACCUCACCAUCAUGCGCUACGUGUUCAACCUCCACAUAACAUUCCUGGUCAACAGCGCUGCUCAUCUUUGGGGCAACAAGCCAUAUGACAAGAACAUGUUAGCCGCUCAGAACCUCCCCGUCUCCUUCAUAGCGUUCGGCGAAGGUUUCCACAACUACCACCAUGCGUUCCCAUGGGAUUACAAAACGGCGGAGCUCGGCAACAACUGGCUGAACUUCAGCACCAAGUUCAUUGACUUCUUCGCUUGGAUCGGCUGGGCGUACGACCUGAAGGAGGUGCCUCUAGAGGUAGCGCGAGCAAGGGCCGAGAGGACGGGCGACGGGAGCAACUUGUGGGGCUUUCGAGACAAGACUGAGUGAAGCAUGUGAUGAUCGGCUAGUUGACAGUUGUAGCAAUUCUUUCCCAUUAUGACUUCGCAUGGUGCAUAUUGCCAGUCUUCAAGUAAUAAGUUUUAUAACACAUAAGCUCGUAAAGUGUCUCUUAUUUCACCAAUUACAGUAUCGUAAUGUGCCUCAUUACGCACUUGUAAUGUAAUGUAAAACGCACCGUUUAUCAUCCGUUUAAAAACGAACGGUCCUAUUUUUUUAAUCUUAGCAAAAAGUUUUUAUGUCACCAAGGCGGAACGAGGCAUCUGAGCCGAGAAACGGAGAAAUAUUAACCAACAGGAAUGCAGAACAUCUCCGCUCCUCCUAAGUGGACAGGGACUUGCGAGCUUGUUUAGAGAUUCAUAUAAAAAGAAGAUAGUCUGCAACUCCUCUUCGCAUUACUUUCUUAAUUCGCUCCGCAAGGCCCUCCUAUCAUAAUGGCGUCCAAUAAUGGACAUUUUUUAUUAUUAUUAUUAUUUUAAACAUGUUUGUAAGUUAUAUGAAAUUAUAAAAUUGGUAUAUUUCUGAAAACUGUCAAGUAGCCAAUUAAGUAUUUGAGGAUUUAUUAGGCUGUUAUUAUUUGUGGGUCACCUUGGAACCUACGAAUUUAAAUAGGUACCCUUUGAUUUGAAAUAGGUAAAUUUGAGUAUUCUGGGUGAAUGUGCAAUAAUAUAGUGGGAACGUAAGAUCUCCACAGUAAACCUAUAGGCCUAACAUGCAAGACAGGAGAUAUUAUCUCUAUUAGAGAAAAAAAGUGCGUGUCACUGUGGGAACGACUUGCGAUUUAAGGCGUUCAUCGUGCGGUCGGCAUCAGUAUACUCGUGGCGUUCGAGCCGUCCCCAUCUCUUGUUGUAUAAUUCUUUACGAGUUACUUGGGAUAGGCGGGGAGAGUGACUUGAGUGGAAAAGAGGAGUGUUGGUUAACUUAAAGACGUAUUUAACCCUACACACAACGUUCACAAGUGCGUGACUCCGCUCAAGGUCAUUCUCAGCCAUUCUAGGGUCUUAUUUUUAAUUAAGUUGCCCUGACAAAUAUUGUGAAUCCUACCCUUUGUUCGACAUUGGCUUUUUUAUUGUUUGUAAACCACUUUAGAGAAUGGUAAAAAUAUAAUAAUAUCUCUAACAGUUUA